AUGGACAACAAUAUUAUAAUCGACAAAAUAAAUAAAAUAAAUCUUUACCAAAUUACAAAUCAAGUAAAUUCAACCUAUAAAAAAUUACUCAUGAUAGAAUACAACGAAGAAGAGGAAACUGAUCCGGAAACUACCAAACUUCAAUAUCUCAAUAAUAUUCUUCAAGAACAAUUUCAGCAACAAUUUAAUGAAAUCUAUCAAAUUAGUUGUCGUAAUCGUAAUAACUUACUAACACUUAUUGAGUGGAUAUCGCAUGAUAAUCCUAUUGUAGCAGUUAACCUAAUGCUACAAAGGAACGACGUAAUCGCAAAACAUAUCAAUGAAAGUCUCCAAAUCGCACCUUGCAAAUCGAACAAAACCGAAUUGAAAUCAAUAAAAUUUACCAGUGGUAUCAUCGAUCACUUUGAAAUUAAAAGAAUAAAUGCUGAGCUGGAAAUCUUAUCACAACAAAGGAUCUACAGCAAUUAUCAAGCCAAACGGGCAGAGUGGAAUAUCUGGAAAGAGAUCAACCAAGAAAGCAUCGAACUAUCAGAACAAAUAGAAGAUGGAGUCAACAAAAUGACCGAACUAAUACAAGAAGAACUGAACAACUUUGUGAUAUAUUGGAGACUCAUCAUUUCUGGUGUUUGCGUUUUUAUAAUUUGUUUGGUAAUAAUUAUCAUUAAAGUGAAAUUAGAAUUGUUCGGUUCCAUAUUUCAUCUGCCUUUAUUGAACGUUCAAAUCGAACGACAAACCCGACUGAAAUUGAAUUAG